AUGUCAUUUGAAAGUUGCGGUGUUCCAAAUUGCAUCUAUCAAAUUCUGAUCGACGAAUCUAGCUGUGCUCCGUGUGGCAAUGGUUAUUGCUUCUACCAUUCCAAACACCCGUCUGAUGCAUGCUGGAUACUUAAAAGGUCGACCAGAUGGCCCGGAGCCUCAGUGAUUUUCAUGAAUGAGCCAGAAAUUUCUCAACUGAUUGAUCUCAUGGAUACGGAUGUAAUCACUAGCGAAGUUGAAACCUUGCGUCCUGGUCAUAGAGUGGCCAAAAAUUCACAUGAAGUCCGCCAAGGAUAUCAUUAUGGAGUUUACAGUCUGGAAAGUGAAGUUGCAGCCAUACAAGCAUUGAAAAGAGGAGGAAUACGCGUACCGAUGACUUUUCUUAAACCAGCAGACAGUAAACAUCAUUUCAGACUGCAAUACUGCUAUCAAAGCUUCAUUCAAGGCCAUAUCAGAAGUGUCGCUAAAUGGUUCAUUUCGUUGGAAAAUACCCAGUUUGACAAGAUUGGUAGUCCUACUUUCAGCAAUGGAGAUAUCGUCAUUGGCCCUCUCAUAGAGCGACAACCCCCUCUCAUAACUCCUCCAUAUUUCAACGGUCCAUACCGAAAUUUACAAGAACGAUAUUUAUCCACUAUUGACACACGUCUAAAUAUGUUACGUGCGAGGAUCUUCACUACUGCUCAGGAAGAGCUCGAUUCGUACCUCGUUCUACUGGAACUCAAAGAGAUCAUUUUGGGAAGUGAAGAAUUGGAAAAGGACGGAACAUUCUUCAUUAGGCAUGGUGAUGAUCAUUGGGAUCACAUGAGAGCGACCGAAGACGGUGAGGUCACUGGAGUCAUAGAUUGGGAAUGGGCAUAUACAACCAGUAAAGAAGAAGCAUUCAGUGCUCCAGGAAGUCUAUUACCUCAUAAUCUCAUGGAUUCUGAUAACGAUAAAGACCUUUCUUUCCAUGAAGAAGCCUUGGUUGCGGCAUACGAAUCACUUGGUCGAGCAGAUUUAGGACGAUGUGUAAGGAACGGAAGGAAAUAUUCUCGAUUGAUCGCCACUUUCAAGGCUACUUGGGCCAGUGUUGAAGAUCUUAGAUGUCUUCGACGAGGAUUUCUGGGUCGUCUGGGCGGUGAGUAUGAGCAUGAGGAAACAAGAGAACAUUGGACAGAAAGAAUGAAGAUCAAACAUAAAGAUGAUGAAGGAUUGAGGUAUUUCUUGGAAAACCCUUUACCUGAACCAAUACUUCCUUCCGACGACGAUAGCGAAGCUAAGUAA